GAAAAAUAAAUUAGUGCAGAGGAAAAGCGAAGGGGCGCCCACAUGCCCUUCUACUCUAAGAGCGGCGAAUGUCCUCAUCGUAUCCUGCGGCCGCUCUCCUCCGCCGACAGCCCUCAGCCCUCAGCCACCGUGUCUUCUUCGCUAAGGUUCUUGAAUUUCGAUGAUCGCGUGGGUUCGCUUGUUGUCUUACUACUGCCGAGGAUGAGGGUACAGGACUUUACAUAUAAAGAUGCCGGUGUAGAUGUUUAUGCUAGUUCAGAUCUUGUCAAGAGAAUUGCCAAGAUGGCUCCUGGAAUUGGAGGGGAUACCAUUUUGGUGGCUGGUACAGAUUUUCUCAAAUCUGCUGGGGGAGCCAUCCUGGUGUAUUGGCUGAUCGUCCUACCAUUGGGAUAAGAAACAAUAAUAUUGUAACAGCAGCUGGGAGAGGCUGGUUGCUGCUGUUUUGCGAAAACAGCAGCUGUGGGAACUUUUUCAUGAUCACUCCAGGAGCCCUAGCAUCCGCUCCGAAGCAUCGGACUUCAGUUCUAGCUUCAAUUCAAGUUCUCCCCUUCACGAUCUCGCCUUGGACUUUUCAGGGCUUGGAAGUUUUCCUAGGUCACGUAAAGCGACCCGAAGGCUGGCUCUUGUUUCAGGUUUUAGUUCUGGUUUUGAUGUUGAAGAUGUAUUCCUGGCUUCAGCCGUCUUACUUGGGAGGGGAACUUUUGGGACUACUUACACGGUUGCAAUGGAAAAUGGGGUAAAAAUUGUGUUGAAGAGAUUGAAGUCUAGGAAUAUUUCAGAACAAGAGUUCAAAAGUCAGAUGGAGGUUGUUGGAAAUGUUAGACAUGAGAAUGUGGCUGCCCUAAGAGCUUAUUAUUCUUCGGAAGACGAAAGGCUCAUGCUGUGUGAUUAUUACAGUGAUGGGAGCGUCCAUGCAUUGUUACAUGGACAAACUGGUCAAAAUAAGUCUCAUGUAGACUGGGAAACCAGGCAGAGAAUUGCGAUUGGUGCUGCAAGGGGUAUUGCUGCAAUACACGCACAAAAUGGUGGGAAGCUUGUCCACGGAAACAUAAAAGCAUCAAAUAUUUUUCUUAAUUCUCAAAAGUAUGGUUGUGUAUCAGAUCUUGGCUUGGCGACCAUGGUAGAGACAGUAUUCAUGCCAACUGCAGGGUACUAUGCUCCAGAAGUCAAGAAUGCUAGAGAUAUAUCCCAAGCAUCAGAUGUCUAUAGCUUUGGGAUUCUGCUACUUGAACUUCUCACUAGAAAGUCCCCCGCACACAUCCCUGGUGGUCCUAAGUCUGUUGACCUAGUGAAGUUGGUUACUUCUGUGAAAAGCAAGGAGAGGGCUGCUAAGGUAUUUGAUGCAGAACUAUUGACGUAUCCUAUGAUAAGGGAACAAGCAGUGAUAAUGUUGCAAAUAGGAAUAACAUGUGUAGAAAAAUCAAAAAAGAAGAGACCAAAAAUGCUUCAAGUAGUGAGGAUGUUAGAGGAUAUUAAUAUAGUGAACCGUGGAAGUACAGUGAAUCCACAAAAUCAUGUUUCCUUAAAAAGAAAACUUGAAUUCUUUGAGGAUGCUAAUCCUAAAUUUGAGCUUGAGGAUUUGUUAAGGGCUUCUGCUGAGGUGCUUGGGAAAGGAACAUUCGGGACUUCUUACAAGGCAAGAUUAGAAAAUGGAAACACAGUCAUGGUGAAGCGAUUGAAGGAUGUAAGUGUAUCAUUUGAGGAUUUUCAGAAGCAUAUGAAUGUCAUUGGGAAAAUAAGGCAUGAGAACGUCGACAAACCAAGGGCAUACUACUAUUCAAGAGAUGAGAAGCUCUUGGUGUAUGAUUGCUAUGAUAAACAGAGCUUAUCUGAUUUGCUACACAAGAAAACAACUUUGGGUUGGACACCUUUAGAUUGGGAGACCCGCCUGAAAAUUGCAGUGGGCGCAGCAAGGGGUAUUGCUCACAUCCAUGGACAAGGUGGUGAGAAGCUUGUACAUGGAAAUAUAAAAUCCUCAAACAUUUUCCUCGAUGGACAAAGAUAUGGGAUUGUCUCUGAUGUUGGAUUGACAAAACUAAUGAAUCCAAUCGGCUGGUUGGUUAUGUGGUCUCAAGGCUCCUAUGCCCCAGAAGUUAUAGAGACCAGCAAGGUGUCUCAAGCUUCUGAUGUCUACAGCUUUGGAGUUGUGCUGCUUGAACUUCUCACAGGACGGGCAUCUUCUCAAACAACCAUGGAUGGUGAUGGUGCCAUCUCACUAGUUAACUGGGUUCGGACUGUUGUUCUCGAAGAAUGGUGGACGACCUCUAAAGUGAUGGAUGUAGAACUUCUGAGGUAUCCAGGUGAGGAGGAAGCAAUGGUACAAGUCCUGCAAAUAGGAUUGGACUGUGCUGUCACUAACCCGGAGAGCAGACCAAGAAUGGCUCAAGUGGUGAGAAUGUUGGAGGAAAUCAGUGGCAUCGAACCAGCGGAUGAGUCGAGAUUGGAAGAUAGAUGGGAGCAACCAUCCAUUGAGUCAAGAUUGGAAGAUCUAUUGGAGGAUCUGUUGCCCACACUCAUACCAUAAAUAGUGGUAGCACAUCAGGACAUUUCCUCAUUGAGAUUGGAAGUUGUGAACAAGUAAUUCGCUAGCGCCUUGAUGUUGUGCCUGGAAAAUUAAUGUCUUUUUUAUUCCUUGAUAACAUCUUCUUGAUAAUGUUAAAUUCAUGUCUCGAAUUUGAUUG